AUUUAAGGCAGAGGGGCGGCGGCAGGCAGCAGCUGCGCUACGGUUGCUCUGGGAGGAGUGGACCCAGCAAAAAUCUCGACCAUGACCCCCCACAGACUGCUGCCACCACUGCUGCUGCUAACUCUGCUGCUCGCUGCCCGCCCUGCAGGCGCCUUGGCACGGUGCCCAGGCUGCAGGCAGGGGGUGCAAGCGGGUUGUCCAGGGGGCUGCGUGGAAGAGGAGGGCGCGGGGCAGCCGGCAGAGGGUUGUGCGGAAGCUGGGGGCUGCCUCAGGAGGGAGGGGCAGCAGUGCGGGGUCUACACCCCUAACUGCGCCCCAGGACUGCAGUGCCAGCCGCCGGAGGAAGAGGAGGCUCCUCUGCGGGCGCUGCUGCUGGGCCGAGGCCGCUGCCGCCCGGCGCGCGCGCCCACGGGGGAGAAUCCUAAGGAGAGUAAACCCCAAGUGGGGACCACUCGCCAACAGGACGUGAACCGCAGAGACCAACAGAGGAACCCGGGGACCUCUACCACUCCCUCCAGGCCCAAUUCUGGGGGUGUCCAAGACACUGAGAUGGGCCCAUGCCGCAAACAUCUGGACUCAGUGCUACAGCAACUUCAGACUGAAGUCUUCCGAGGCUCUCACACCCUCUACGUGCCUAAUUGUGACUAUCGGGGCUUCUACCGGAAGCGGCAGUGCCGCUCUUCCCAGGGGCAGCGCCGAGGUCCCUGCUGGUGCGUGGAUCGGAUGGGCCAGCCCCUGCCAGCAUCCUCAGACAGCAAUGGAGGCUCUCCCUGCUCCACCGGGAGCAGUGGCUAAGGCUGGGUGGUGACCCGCAGGGUCACUGGCAGGAGUAUGGGGCUGUCAUAUGGGGUCAUUUGUUGAGUAAUGAGUAACUCAGCGCCCUGAGUCCCACACUCCACCUUCAGGUCCUGCCCCAUUGUCCCCCUCAUCCCUGGGACAUCACACAUGGAAAGAUUGUUGGUGUUGGCUUGGGGUGUUAAUAAAGCCGUGUUGGGGGUCUCUG